CAGCCCUCAUUCUGCGCUCUCCACAGUAUGGCCGGCGAUAUUAGCUAGCAGUCGCUCUACAGUAUUCUCUGUAAAAGGGAAGACGGUAAAACCAAGAAAUUACACCUGGAUUGCUAAAGGACUGUACCUAAUAAAUUAUAACGAUCAAGCAAGGACUAGCUAAUUAAGUUGAAAACGUAACCGACAUUUAAUUUCUGUUAUUGGUGUCUGCUGUGCCACGAUGGAAGAGAACGGUGCACACUUCUUCGAGGGAACCGAGAAGCUGUUGGAGGUGUGGUUCUCCCGGCAAGAUGAGAAUAAAGGAACAGGGGACCUCCGUACCAUCCCAAGGUUUGAGUGGGACAAACUUCUGGAGAAUGUGCACUGUUUGAUCAUAAGUGUGACGAAGACCGACAAGCAGGAAGCUUAUAUACUCAGUGAGAGUAGCAUGUUUGUCUCCAAGAGACGUUUCAUUUUGAAGACAUGUGGAACCACCCUCUUACUGCAAGCACUGAUGCCUCUGCUGGAACUCGCCAGAGAGUACUGUGGCUUUGAUGCCAUCGAGGAUAGGUCAGAGGUUUUAACUCCAUCUCCUCACUACCUACAGAAUUUCUUCUAUUCUCGCAAGAACUUCAUGAAGCCCACCCAUCAGGAGUUCCCUCAUCGGAACUUCCAGGAGGAAGUGGAAUUUCUCAGCCAGAUUUUCCCAAACGGAGCAGCGUACUGUAUGGGACGUUUGAACUCUGAUUGCUGGUACCUGUUUACUCUGGAUUUGCCAGAGUUCUGGGAGAACGAGCAUGCGGAUCAGACGCUGGAAGUUCUGAUGAGUGACCUUGAUCCAGCAAUUAUGGACCAGUUCUUCAUGAAAGACGGUGUUUCUGCAAAUGAUGUCACUCGUAUGAGUGGAAUUCGUGACCUGAUACCAGGUUCUGUGAUUGACGCCACAAUGUUCAACCCUUGCGGCUACUCAAUGAAUGGAAUGAAGACUGAUGGAACUUACUGGACGAUCCACAUCACUCCAGAGCCAGAGUUCUCCUAUGUCAGCUUUGAAACCAACCUCUCUCAGACGUCCUACGAUGAUUUGGUCAGGAAAGUUGUGGACGUGUUUAAGCCAGGAAAAUUUGUGACAACGCUAUUUGUUAACCAGAGCUCCAAAUGUCGCAGUGUCUUUUCUUCCGCCCAGAAACUCGAGGGGUACAAGCGCCUCGACCGCCAGUUGGCCCAAUUCAACGAUUACAAUUUUGUCUUUACUAGUUACGCCAAGAGCCGCCAGCAGAAUCAGCAAAGUUGAGGUUUAAGAAUGAAAAAGAAGCGUAAAAAGAAAGGCGGCUGCGUCGCAGGGCUCGCCCCCCGCGGCUGUCUCUCUGUCCAAGCAGAGAGGCCCACUCCACUCUGCUGCCAUUGUUGUCCAGGAUUUCUUGGCAUCGAGGCCACAGGCCCUAAUAGUUUGAAUUGUAUGCGUUGUUGUACCUAUAACUUAGCUCUCUUGCAUGAAAGCUCUUUUCUCUGUUUAGAUAGUCUAGUGCACUCUUGCUGUGAUCUUGAAGUGCAUGUCGAGGAAUUAAACAUGCUCUAUUUGAGGCUGUCCAGCCUUGCCCCGUGUGCCCAGUGCAGCGGCCCCUUCCUGCAGGUCUCCCCCCUCAUUCCCCACAGACAGGGUUUCCGUGCCCACUAGUCCAGGGCCCUGACAUGCUCAGAUGGGUCCACCUCUAUGUGCUUACCGAUUUAUAAAAAAAAAUGUUGAAGUUGAAAUGCAAUCCCCCCCCCUUUCACUGAUUUGCUGUUUAUUUGAUCUGUUGCAAAUGUCUUUUUGUUUUUGAGUGCACCUUAAGAACACUUAUCAGCUCGAGCAGAACUCCUCAGUACCCGAAUGUAAAACGCCAACCCUUUUUUAGAUUAUUGAAUUUCAUGACUUUGGUCUUUGAGUGAUUUAGAAGCAUGUGAGCUUUGGGCCAUAAUGUUAUUUGUCAUGUAGCAUAAACCUAUUUAAUGAAUUCCUUAAAUCAAAAUGCCAUACUUUGUCAGUGUUUCGCUACCAGAGGAUUGGAUAGAGGCUGACUUCUGGGUCAAUUUGUUCUUGGCUGUAAACUUCACCGGAGCCAAAAUGAGUAUUGCUAGAAUUGGGUUAACCUCCCGUUCAGUCAGCCAUGCUUCUCUCCACCUCGACAAUGCAUUUAGCUGUUGAAUGUGUCCACAAAGACAGGCUUUCAACUGUUCCCCAUGCAACAGUACACCUUAGUGUAAAUAAUUUAAUGUCCAGUUGGGUACUUCACAGUAUGGGAUGUGUAAUACAUGUUCACAUUUACACCAAGGCUCCUUCUACAUUUAUAAACUGAGUGGUUCAAGCCCUCAAUGCAGAUUGGCUGAAAGCUGUGGUAUAUCCGACCAUAUACCACACCCCCGUGUGCCUUAUUGCUUAAGUAUACUGUACCAACAGGAAGCGUCUGGUUCAUGGAAUUCUGUUUUUAAACACUUAAUUUAUGCAUUAAUUGAAUACAUUUUUUGUUCAAAGUCCAAACUCGACACUAGAUCAGUCAUGUAAGAACAAAGGCUGUGCCAACCGUGAAUGUUGAGGGCCAUGUUUAGACUAGAGGAGCCUGUUGAGGGGCUUUAUCUGAAUGUAAAUGACUCAAGGAGACUCAGUCCCCUUGUAGCUGUGGUGCGGGCCAGAACAACGCCCUUUGCCGUCCAGCAUGGUCAGCCGUUGUCCCUCGGCCCAGCGGGUCUCCGUAGCGUACAGUGAGACUGUCGGCUGGCCCCAGAACCAUGCUUGACAGAGUGGUGCUCCUGGCUGCACCGUGUGGCCCUGAAUGGAAAUAAUGACUCAGACUCUGCUUAGUGCAGCGGUUGCCCAGCAAAGCAUUUCUUUUUUAUAAACAAUGUACAUCCUCUCUUUCCCCCCCCCUAUACAGGAAUCGGUAAGCGCACAAUAGAGGCCCACCAAUCUGAGCAUGCCAGGGUGAUCCCGGAUCAUUCCACACAACUGUUGCAUAAACCAUUUUAUUAAUUUUAUUGUGCGCAGACAUUUUGCAUUGAAUUGGUCCCAAAUGUGACUCCACUGCAGUUUUUCUGGAGCACAAUCAAUACCCUUUGUUCAGUGAGGGGAAAAAUCCUGUGACGCUGUGGUGCAUGUGACUAGUUCUGUAUUGCUUGACAGUGUAGUGUUCUGCGGUCUGUUCCUCCUGUGUAGAGUGAUGUGCUUCACCUUCCAGUUUCAUCAGCUCAUGUAGAUGGGACUGAGGCAUCCUAAUGUUUUAUUGAACAGGUGGGUUGGGGUUAAUGUUUGUGUACUUUGCCACCUUAGUGCUGAAGGCAGGCCCUCAUCUAUAUGGUUACUAUACAGAGAUUGAUGUUUGACAUUGAGUUUUUAUAAAAAAAAUUAGGAUGUGGGAUUGUCUUCUCGGGCUGGUCAGUAAUAUUCAUGAUGCUUCCCCUGCCAGUGAAUGCGGAUUGAUUUGAAUUUGCUGACAAACCUGGGGGAACAUUUUUGUUUUUGACUGCUGUUUAAAAAAAAAUAAAAGAAUUAAGACUGCUGUUUCUGGCCUGCCUUUAGCACUACUUCUGAGGGUUAUAACCUGUGCUGCGUUGCCCCAUUAUGUUAGGAACUGUAAGGUCACGCUAGUUCAGAAAGCUCUUAAAACACCAGAGAAUGGAUCAUACAUUAUAUACACAAGUCUGGACAUCCCUUCAAAUUUGUGUAUUCAGCUAUUUCAGCCACAUCUGUUGCGGACGGGUGUGCACAAUUUUAUACAUCGUACAAACAUUGGCUGUAGCAUGGCCUUAAGGAAGAGCUCUGACAUUCAAUGUAUCACCGUCGUAGGAUGCCACCUUUCCAACAAGUAAGUUUGUCAAAUUUCUGCCCUGCUAGAGCUGGUAGUGCUGUUUCUGUGAAGCGAAAACAUCUAGGAGCAAAAACGGCUCAGCAGCGAAUUGGUAGACCUCACAGGACGGCUGAGUGCUGAAGUGCGUUUUGAAAUGUGUGUGUAUAUAUAUUUUAGUUCUUGGUUGCAACACUCUACAGAGUUGCUUCCAGAGGCAGGUUGGAACGUCAGCGCAAGAACCGUUCGUCAGGAGCUUCAUGAAAUGGGAUUCUAUGGCCAACCAGCUGUACACAAGCCCAAAAUCAUCAUGCACAAUGCCACGCAUCGGCUGGAGUGUACAGCUUGCCGCCUUUAGAAUAUGGAGCAGUGGAAACGCAUUCUCUGGAGCGAUGAAUCAUGCUUAACCAUCGAAGUCCAAUGGCCAAAUCUGGGUUUGGCGGAUGCUAGGAGAACGCUACCUGCCCCAAUGCAUAGUGCCAUCUAAAGUUUGGUACAGGAGGAAUAAUGGCCAGGGGCUGUUUUUCAUGGUUCGAGCUAGGCCCUUUAGUUCCAUUAAAGGGAACGCUUAACUCAACAGCAUACAAAAACAUUCUAGAUUAUUUGCUUCCGACUUUGUGGUUUGUCGAUCGGUGUGGUUUGAACUUGACUUGUCUGCACAGAGCCUUGACAUCAACCCCAUUGAACACCGUUUUUAGGAUGAAUUGGAACACUGACUGUGAAGCCAGGCCUUAGCGCCCAACAUCAGUGCUCAACCUCACGAAUGUUCCUGUGGCUGAAUGGAAGCAAGUCCCUGCAGCAAUGUUCCAACAUCUAGUGGAAAGCCUUCCCAGAAGAUUGGAGGCUGUUUUUAAAAGCAGUAAGGGGGGGACCAACUCAAUAUUAACGCCCAUGAUUUUGGAAUGAGAUGUUUGAGGUGUCCCUGUACUUUUGGUCAUGUAGUGUGAUGGUGUACCGUAGACGACGACAAUUUCUCCCCAGGAAGCUGAAAUUGUGACUGACGUUGCAAGUGGACCAUUAGAAUUAGUUGUUUCAUGUAAGGACCUGGGUAAAGUUGACAAUUUGGAAUAUCUUCCCUCCAAUAUGUCUGGCUUUUUGGAAUGGUUUCGCUUUUUUUUUUUUUCUUGAGGACCAACCUUCGCCAGGUAUCCUUACCUGAAAUGUCAUUCUUAUGCCUGUAUUGACCAGCCUCCUCUGUGUUCUAAGAGCUGUAGUGACUGGUUUAGGGAAUGGGCACCAGCACAUUUCACAAAAGGUAACUUUUGGUUACUGUUUUUGGAUGAAGUCAUAUUUAGACUUGAUGAUCUGCGUAGGGGUUAGUUCUGUUGGUUUGGAACAUAGCGUAAAAAUUUAAAAUGGGACCUACGGACCAACCAUAUUUUGUUUUUGUCCAACCCUUUUUGUUGUAAAACCAGUGUUCCAAACUUAGCUUCUAAAAAAAUUUAAAAAAUAUAUAUUUGGAUCAUGAAAUUGUUCUUGCCUUACCUUUUUAGAAUCCCGUGCUGUGUUUUCUGGGGAAGGGAAAAGUCAAACACCUCCCCUAAUUUGAGGGUGAACUUACAGGAUGUACUGAAGGGAAAACUUUGCUGUUCUAAUUAUUUUGCUAUUCUUUGGAUGGUCAAGAUGUGCUAAAUAUAUCUGUACUAUGAGCUUGAUGCUUUAAUAAAUAAAGAUGAUUCUUCUGUA